AUGUCAACAUCACCAGAACCCGGUCCGGUGAACGGGCACGCCUCCCCUUCAGCGGACGAAUAUAGCACACACCUAGCCGACACCGCCCGAAGUGAAAGCGACUUGUCGGAUACACAGCCCGCCGAGGUUGACGCCGAAUCCCCGGAUUCGGACGAUGCUGCCGGCUCGGCGGACGAGGGCCAAGCAUUCACUCCCGAGGAGCAAGACGAGCAGUCCGGCUCUAGCGAUAAUGAUGGCCCCGGUGAUGGAGAUUUCGAUACCGCGGGCAGCCCGGCAUCGGUACAGAGCAACGAUGUUUCUGAUCAGGCCGAGUCUGAUCAGGCCGAGUCGGCUUCGGCACGCGCCGCCGCCAAACGGAAAGCCGGCCAAACAAUAGAAGACGAUUACAUGCGGGAGAAUCCAGAGUUGUAUGGCUUGAGGCGCAGUUCACGUCCUUCACAACGUCGCAAAGUUGUUGAUUCGGAAGACGAAGAGGAAGGCUCCGAUUCCGAUGUCACUCCUGCACCACGAAAAGCGGCGAAUAAACGCCGCCGUCUUGACCGCUCCCUGCCUGCUUCUAAGCGAGGCACGCCGGCCCGCCAGGCCUCUGCGGACGAUUCAGACUCCGACACAUACGGCGGCGCGAAAGCCCGCAUGUUCCGGAAAAAGGCUCGGCGACAGCAAGAGUUGCAACCGUUUGCCGAGAAGCGGUGGUCUAACCGCCGUGCCGCUCAGGUCUCGGCCGGCGCUUACCAAGAAAGCGACGUGGAUGACAACGAGGGAGAGGAUGAGGCUACACCCGGCUAUUGGGCCGUAGACGUGGAGGACAACUCGCCAUACAUCGAGAAGAUUCUCCGCCAUCGCCCCAAGGAAGGCAUCGAGCUCACACCCGACGCUACUCGGCACGACUUCGAAUUCUACAUCAAAUGGCAGGGCAAGUCUCAUCUCCACAACACCUGGGAGAGCACCGAGACCGUCGCCGGAUUCCGCGGCUUCCGCCGCCUCGAGAACUAUUAUAAAAAGAUGGUAGAAUACGAGCUCGAUCUGAAGUUCGGAGGUGACGAGAUUAGUCCCGAGCAGCGCGAGCAAUGGUCGUUGGACAGAGAGCGCGAAGAAGAAGCCUUGGAAGACUUCACCAAGAUCGAACGCAUCGUCGCCGUCCGCGACGGAGAGGAUGACCUCGAGUAUCUCGUCAAGUGGAAAGGUCUUCAGUAUGAUGACUGCACAUGGGAAGAUGCCACCAUGAUUAGUAGCCAUGCCCAAGACAAGAUUGACCAGUUCUUGGAUCGGUCGUCGCGCUCCUGGCAAUCGGAUCGGAAACAGGCGAACCUCGAUACCCGCUCGAGGAUGACCAAACUGGAGCAACAGCCAUCUUAUGUUACCAAUGGCGAACUCCGCGAGUUCCAGCUGAAGGGGCUCAACUUCCUUGCGCUCAACUGGACACGCGGAAACAACGUCAUCCUUGCCGACGAGAUGGGGCUCGGCAAGACAGUCCAGACCGUCUCAUUCCUCAGCUGGCUCCGCAAUGAUCGUGGUCAAGAGGGACCUUUCCUUGUUGUCGCACCUCUCAGUGUCAUCCCAGCGUGGUGCGAUACCUUCAACCACUGGGCUCCGGAUAUUAACUACGUUGUCUAUCUCGGACCCGAGGCCGCCCGCGCCAACAUCCGACAGCACGAGCUCUUUGUGGAUGGUAACCCCAAGAAGACCAAGUUUAAUGUUCUGGUUACCUCGUACGACUAUAUUCUUGCCGAUGCCGAGAACCUGAAGGGUAUCAAGUGGCAGGUUCUCGCCGUCGAUGAAGCCCAUCGCCUGAAGAAUCGCGAGUCGCAGUUGUACCACAAGCUCAACGGCUUCGGCGUCCCUUGUAGGGUCCUCAUCACCGGCACCCCAAUUCAGAACAACCUUGCGGAGUUGUCCGCCCUCCUGGAUUUUCUCAACCCCGGAAAGGUUUUGAUUGACGAGGAGCUGGAGUUGCUCUCGACUGCCGAUAACAAGGAGGUCGCCGACGAACAACAGAGCGAGGCCAAGCGCAAGAAGACCCAGGAGAAGCUCCGGGAGCUGCAUACGUCCAUUGCACCUUUCAUCUUGCGCCGGACCAAGGAGACAGUCGAGUCGGACCUACCGCCCAAAACCGAAAAGAUCAUUCGUGUCGAACUCUCCGACGUCCAGUUAGAGUACUACAAGAACAUCCUCACUCGGAACUAUUCUGCCCUCCGUGAUGCGAGCAACGGUCACAAACAAUCCUUGCUCAAUAUCAUGAUGGAGCUGAAGAAGGUCAGCAACCACCCGUACAUGUUCCAGGGCGCCGAAGAGCGGGUGCUUGCUGGGAGCUCUCGUCGGGAAGACCAGAUCAAGGGCCUCAUCACGAGCAGCGGCAAGAUGAUGCUCCUGGACCAGCUUCUUGCCAAGCUAAGGAAGGACGGCCACCGCGUCCUGAUCUUCAGCCAGAUGGUUAAGAUGCUCGACAUCUUGGGCGACUAUCUUCGAGUACGCGGUUAUCAGUUCCAACGACUGGACGGCACGAUCCCCGCCGGGCCUCGCCGCAUGGCCAUUAACCAUUUCAACGCCGACGAGAGUGAAGACUUUUGCUUCUUACUGUCGACGAGGGCUGGUGGCCUGGGUAUCAACCUGAUGACCGCUGACACCGUCAUCAUCUACGAUUCUGACUGGAACCCCCAGGCCGAUUUGCAGGCAAUGGCACGAGCGCAUCGGAUCGGGCAGAAAAGGCCUGUCAACGUCUAUCGGCUGGUUGCUAAGCAAACCAUCGAGGAAGAAGUUGUUAAUCGUGCGCGCAACAAGCUUUUCCUCGAGUACCUCACGAUCCAAGCCGGCGUCACGGACGAGGGCAAGGCCUUCCGUGAGCAGUUCAAGGAGAAGGGUGUGAAUAUCGACGAGGCAAAGACGGCCGAGGAUAUCUCCAUGAUUCUCAAGAUGCGUUCUCAGAACCUAUUCGAGCAAUCCGGCAACCAGGAGAAGCUCGAGCAGCUCGACAUCGAUGCGAUACUCGAAAAUGCUGAGGUCACAAAGACGGAUGUUGACGAUAAAAUCAAUCUCAGCAGUGGCGGUAUCGACUGGGACAACUGGAUGCAAGUUACUGAUGUCAAAGUUGACGACUUGGCUCUUGACUGGGACCAGAUCAUCCCUGCCGAAGAGCUUGCUGCCAUCAAGGCAGGAGAGGAGAAAAAGAAGCAUGACGAGUACCUCGCCAAGGCCAUGGAAGAGAACGCCCCUCGCAAGGCUGCGCUCAAAGGCUCUAAGAAGAGUAUCGAAACAGACCGGGCUGAGCGUCUCGCGAAGAAAAGACAACGCGAGAAGCAGGAGCUGGAUGAGCUCGAGGAGCAACGGGCGUUGCUCUCGGACCCACGCCGUCCCCUCAAUGAGAAAGAGACGCGCAAUCUCAUCCGCGCCUUCUUCCGUUACGGCUUCUUUGACGACCGCGAGGAGGAAAUCGUUCACGAUGCUCGUCUGAGCGAUCGGGACCACGACUUCCUCAAGUCGAUUAUUGAGGAUCUUUCCGCUCUGAGCAAACAAGCUGUGGAUUCUAAUGCCGAGAAACUGCGCGAGGAGGAGGAGAAGGCAGGAAAACCUCUGGCAAAAAAGGACAAGAAAGCCGUUUUGGUCGAUUUCGGGGAGGUUCGCAAAGUCAACGCCGAAACCGUCGUCGAACGGCCACCUCAGCUCAAACUCUUGCGCCGCGUGCUUGAAGAACACGGCGACGCCAUGACGUUCAGACUUCCAGAUGCCAGCAAGUCGGCCCAGUACUCAUGCGAAUGGGGGGCGCGCGAAGACGGCAUGCUCCUUUUGGGUAUCGACAAGUAUGGCUUUGGCGCCUGGACCCAGAUCAGAGAUGAUCCUGAGCUCCAGAUGCACGAAAAGUUCUUCCUGGAAGAGCACCGAGUGGACAAGAAAGAGGAACGCCGCAAGACCGACGAUAGGGGCAUUCAAUCUCCAGGUGCUGUUCAUCUUGUCCGGCGAUCGGAGUAUCUCCUGUCUGUCCUCAUGGCCAAAUACUCGAACGAUGCGAACGCAAAGAAAGCGGUCGAAAAUCAUCACCGCAGCAAGAAGCUUUUGACGAACGGGGUUCGUCGCGGCGAGGGCAGCUCUGUCUCUGCCUCCCCGGCUCCGCCCAUGUCCAAGAAGCCGAGCCAACACCGUGAUCGCGAUCACAACCGGUCUUACAGUAACGCCAACGACCGCGGCACGCCACGGCCGGACAAGCGGAAGUACAACGAUGACUACGAUGACCGCAACUCUAAGCAUCGGAGGGUCGAAGCCGACAACAGGCACGAGAAGAAGACCAAGGAGAAGGAGAAGCCGAAGAUGGACCCGGAGACGAUGGAGAGAUACAAGCGCGAGAGACAAAAGGCGGUUGAGCGAUUCCAGGAGCUUGCAAGGCUGCGCGAUGACGAGAUUGACAACUCGGAUAACACGCAACUUGUCUGGUCCGUCCUCCGACCUCUCAAGCCAAACAUGGAGCGCAUCAUGUACUCUAAGGAGCGGUUCCCGGCUGCGAAGGAACGGGCCAAGAUCCUGGGGGAGGAGAUCCGUGCGUUUGGAAGUUUCCUGAAGGGCCUGCGGGCAGAUGGGACCGACCUUGACAGUCUGGAACCCCAGUUCUGGGAGUUCUUGUCCUCGAUUUGGCCCAUCGGCGACGUGAAGGUCUCCGGCAAGCGGCUCCAGAAGAUGUUUGGCGAUCUCCUAGAAAAGGACAAGACGAAGCGGGAGGAAGACCGGGUCAACGAGGUCAGGCGCGCGAGGAACCCGGACCUAGAGGAUGGCGAGAUCGCGAGUGACCGCGAGGACCGCCGUGCUCGAGACCCCUACCGCGACGACCGGCGCGAGGAGCGGCGCGAGGAAAGGCGCGAUGACAGGCGGGACGACCGCCGGGAGGAGCCCAAGCGCCGCAACUACUAUGAGGACGGCGACCGUCUCAACUUCCAACGACACCGCCGCUCGGAAAAUAGGAACGUCCCUGUCCGGAACUCGUUGUGGCAGAGCCGGAGCCCGCCAGCCCGACAUAGCCCUUACUAG